AUGACAGGACAGCAUGCGAUCUUACCUGAAGUGAAUAAACACAGGAAUGCGUCGCCAAGCUUUUUAGGGUUUGAUCCGGUUGGGAAGCAAUUCAAGGUAUUCGCGGAGGGUACUUAUCCAUGUUUUAUGGAGACGGAUUUUUGGAAAAUUCUGACAUUGGGAACUGAAGAACCUACGUGGAGGAGUAUAAACGGUUUUCCCUGGUACAACAAUCGUUCGAGUGAAGGGAUAUGCAUCAAUGGGGUUUUGUAUUACUUGGCUUCAAGGUCUGCUGACGAAACGUCGACCCAUAUGAACACUAUUUGCCUUGAUGUUAGGUCUGAGAAAUUCAAAAACAUUGAUACUGGACGAUGUCACGUUGGUUUAAUACAUGGUGCUAAAUUGAUAAAUUAUAAAGGUAGAUUAGGUGGGGUUAGUUUGGAGUAUGGUAAAGAUGAUAUUGGAAGGCGUGUCCUUGAGUUGACAAUGUGGGUUCUAGAGGAUGUCGAGGAACAGGAAGGCUCGGCAAAUGUCUUCACUUUGUCGGAUGAUAAAAUUGUUGAUGAAGAAGUUUUCGUUGCUGGAGUGACUUCUAGAGGUGAUAUUGUUUUGUCAAUGAAGAGGAGAGUUGCAUGCAAACCGUUUUAUGUUUUCUACUUCAAUCCCGAAAGCAGCGUUCUCCAGAGUGUUGAAAUCCAAGGUUUUGGUGAGCUUGUUGGCAAUAUUAAAGUAUUUGUAGACCAUGUAGAGGAUAUUCGUACGUUGGAUGUUAUCAAGACAAGUGCCAGAACGGAAGUGUAA